CGCACCCAUGCCAAUGAUGCUGCGUCUGCGCUGCAGCUGCAGCGAAGGAUUACAUUUGAGGGAGAGGAUGUCUUGUUGUCUCGCGUUGGCUGCUCAACAGUUUCCUUCCAACGGCACAUCACGUUACGACACGAGCAGCGUUACGUUGCGAGCCACUGGUCUUACGUUGGAGAUUCUGGCGAACAAAUACAAGCGACGGACGGCGCUUAAAUAAUAAGUUUUCCGCUGGCUCCCGCCACCUGUCGAAAAGGCAAUAGCCCCAGAGUGCCGUGUGUCCUUCUCCCGUCGCGUCCGUCGUCGAUUUCCGGGGCCAAGUCCUGGCUUGGUGUCUGGAGCACCAGUGUUGGUUAUAUAAGCCAGGCGAAAUCGGUGGCAGCCCCAUAAAAACUUCUUGCAGCGCAGCAGAAACAGUCAAGAAGCAGUAGGAUGGCGCCUAUUCAAGCACCGUUAUCACCCGUACUUAAGCACUAACAAUAAAAGAACACACACACACAGGCACAGGCACUGGCUAACCACCACCACAGCAACAACAUCCCACCAGUGUGGGGGGAAGCAUGAACCGUUCUUAAAAGUAUGCAACGAGAAUGACGAUUACGUUAGUUACGUGAACAGUCCACAGGGGGCGCUAGAAGCAGCAUCAGCACAGAACGAAGCAAAUUAAAAGGGACAGCGCACUUUUAGGCAGCACCCACACCACACCACACUCUCGCACUUGCACAUCCCACACGCACACAGCACACACAAAGUAAACAUAUACACAAACAUAUACCAGCAAUAACCGUUUCAAAAUCACCGGUCGAAUCAUGGCCAACACAGCCCAGUUAUUGCGCCGUCAGAGCUCCAGGGACAUUGUGCUAAAAAGCCAGAAGAGCAUCGAUCAGCUAGAGUUGCGGGAGCUGCGUGGCCGCCUGGUGUCCAAGGAGCAUGGCGUCGGCCACCACCAUCACACAUCGCUGCACCACCACCAGCCCAUGUAUGGGGCCACCAACCAGGGCUUCAUGUCGGACGCCUUCGACGAGUCCUCGGAGCUGGAGCAGGAGCCGACAUUCGGCUCGGAGGCCAGCACCAGCAAGGCCAAGGCCGAGCUGGUGGCCAGCGCUUUGGAGCAGCAGCAGGACAUUGUUGAGGGCGAGAAGGAGGGCGAAGAACGCGAGAGUUGGGACAGCAAAAUCAUGUUCCUGCUGGCCACCAUCGGAUAUGCGGUGGGUCUCGGCAACGUGUGGCGCUUCCCGUACCUGGCGCAGAAGAACGGAGGCGGAGCCUUCUUGGUGCCCUACUUCAUUAUGUUGUGCAUCCAGGGAAUACCGAUCUUCUACCUGGAGCUGGCCAUAGGACAGCGGCUGCGAAAGGGGGCGAUCGGCGUUUGGAGCCAGGUUUCGCCAUAUCUGGGUGGAAUCGGUAUCUCCUCGGCGGUGGUCAGCUACAUUGUGGCCCUGUACUACAACACGAUAAUUGCCUGGUGCCUGAUCUAUCUGCUGCAUAGCUUUGAGUCGCCACUUCCGUGGGCUGACUGCCCAACCAGACUGUAUGCGAACUACACGUACGACCAUGAGCCGGAGUGCGUGGCCUCCUCGCCUACGCAGUUCUACUGGUAUCGCACCACGUUGCAGUGCUCGGAGAGCGUGGAUAUGCCGGAGAACUUCAAUUACCACAUGGCGAUUGCGCUGAUGGUGUCAUGGUUCCUGGUUUACAUCUGCAUGGUGCAAGGGAUCACCUCCUCCGGCAAGAUCGUCUACAUGACAGCCAUCUUUCCCUACGUGGUGCUCAUCAUCUUCUUCUUUCGCGGAAUAACACUCAAAGGCGCCUCGGAUGGGGUGGCUCACCUGUUUACGCCGCGCUGGGAGACGCUGCUCGAUCCCGUCGUCUGGCUGGAGGCCGGCACCCAGAUCUUCUUCUCCCUGGGACUGGCAUUCGGCGGCCUCAUUGCCUUCAGUUCAUACAAUCCGGCCAACAACAACUGCUAUCGGGAUGCGCUACUCGUCUCGCUCACAAACUGUGGCACCUCGAUGUUCGCAGGCGUGGUCGUCUUUUCGGUGAUUGGCUUCAAGGCCACGGCCACCUUCGACCGCUGUACGGAGGAGAGGAACGGCCUGAUGGCCCUGAAUCGUACCCAGAAUCUGCCAGUCUGCGAUCUGCAGCGAGAGUUGGCUAAUAGUGCCUCUGGCACUGGUCUGGCUUUCAUUAUAUUCACCGAGGCGAUCAAUCAGUUUCCAGGCGCACAGCUCUGGGCCGUUCUCUUCUUCCUGAUGCUCUUCACGCUGGGCAUCGACUCGCAGUUUGGUACGCUCGAGGGUGUAGUCACCUCGCUGGUGGACAUGAAGCUCUUUCCCAACCUACCCAAGGAGUACAUCGUGGGGGGUCUGUGCUUCACUUGCUGUCUGAUCUCUAUGUGCUUUGCCAACGGAGCUGGCAGUUACAUAUUCCAGCUGAUGGACAGCUUCGCCGGCAAUUUCCCUCUGCUGGUCAUCGCCCUAUUCGAGUGCCUGUCGAUCAGCUAUAUCUAUGGAGUGCGCCGCUUUUCGGAUGACAUCGAGAUGAUGACCGGCUCGAGGCCGAGCUUCUAUUGGAUGUUCUGCUGGAAGUAUUUGUCACCCUGCGCCAUGGUCACUAUUUUGCUGGCCUCUUUCUAUCAGCUCCUUACCGAGGGCAGCAGCUACCCGGCCUGGAUUGCGGCCAAAGGCUCCACGGAUUCCAUGGAGUGGCCGCAUUGGUGCAUAGUUGUAGCAUUUUUCCUCAUACUCUCGUCUAUCUUAUGGAUACCCAUUGUGGCGGUGCUGCGGCUCUGUGGCAUUAAGGUAGUGGAGGACUCCGAUCCCGCAUGGUUCCCCGAAGCCGAGCUCAGGGAAGUCCAUGGCAUCGUACCCCACGAACCGACAGAGCUGGAGCGCAGCAUAUUCUGCUUCAACAUGGACGGCACGGAGGGCAUGUGCUGCCCCAAAUACGGACUGCCCGAGAAGUCCCUCGAGGAGGAGGAGUAAGCAGGAGGACAAUAAGAAAAAAUUCGAAAAUUAACCAUGAAAUGUAAUGUAAAUAUGGACAAUAACUAAGCCGACACACCGAUGCUCAAAUGCGACGAUAUCUACACUCCUAUAUGGUCCCCAAAGACUGUUCAACCGUUCAAAAAAACCACAGCAGCCCAAUAUAAAAUGUGUAUUUAUAAACACGUACUCGGAACAACCAGUGGCAAGACGGUGAAAAUUCGGCGCGGAUGCGCGGUUUCAUUGAAGUAGAAACAGUGAAAAAAAAAAUCAAAAAGGAAAUCUAUAGAAAUAACGUAUUUGCGCAUAACUUCAUUAGCAUGGAAACGUGUAGAAGGCGAAAAAUCAUUAUUAUAUGAUUAUUAUUUGCGUUUUCCUUUUCUUUCGAUUGGUUUCUACUCGAUCCGGAAUAAGACGGGCCGAGAGACUAUACGAGUAUGCAUAUUUUUAUGUAUUCCGCUUCUUGGCACGAGUAUGGCAACCCUUAUAGGACAUAUGUAUAUAUCCGAUUUGGUACAUGCCAUAUUUGAUUGCGACGAAAGAAAAGAAAAGAAAUGAAACUGUGUGCAAAGUGAAAUUGAUUGUUUGCUGAUAUCCAACCCAUACUACAAUAACUUGCUGACUAUAUCAGAUACAUAUAUACAUAAAUAACUGAAGACAAUACGAUGCGUAUAACUAUGAAAAUAACAGGCUAUAGUUUAUAGAAUAGGUUUAUUUGUGCGGAAAAUAUUUGAUUUGACUCGAUUAAUGCUAAGCCAAACAGACUAUGAGUUAACCAUAUCAUGCGAGCAUAGAGCACCACCUAUAAGAGAUAUAUAUAUGUAUACAAAAACACUAAAUACACACUAUACUCGUAUAUACCUACCUACCACAGUUCAUUCUCUGUUGUGAUCGGCUCUGCUUUCUGUGUUUGUUGUUAUUAAUGUUAAUGUUAUAAGACAAAUUCAUAUCAGAUCCAAAGCUAUGAUUAAACUACACUUUAAAGUCUCAAUGUUAUAAAAAAGAAGAAGAAGAAAGAUGGAUAUUGGAUAUAUGUACGUACCUAUUUGUUCUGUUUUGCUAACAAAAAUCGAAUGUUAUACCAAAAUACUUACUUGUUGAUAACCGAUCAUCGGAAUCAUGUCACUCCGCCUCAUUGAUCUACACUCGCGAAUUACAUAUAGUAUGUACAUAGGGGAGCUAGAGGCACUACUAUCUACCAAUAUGUACAUCUAAACAGACAUAUGGAAAUAUGUAUGUAUAUUUAAAUAUGGUAUACGCAUAUAACAAAUCGCAAUCGCAACCGUUCAACUAGCCGAGAAACGUAGGUGGAAAGGAAACUUUAUAUAUACACAUAACUGGAGAAGGAAGUCUAUAUCAUUGGAAGCAUUGGAAGUAUUCAUAUACCUACACCAAAUAUACAUACAUCUAUAGAUAUUAAUUAAUGUGAGUUAAAAUGCAGUUGGCUAUUGAUUUCACUGUAUUAUAAAUUAUACACUAAAUAUACAUCGAUAUGUAUACAUAUAUAUCAAAGAAAUAUAUAUACAUACAUACAUAUAUGUACGUACAUCUACUAAGUGUUAUUGAUGUUGACAAUAAUGAAACCAAUACGAAACGAUACGAAACGAGUUUUAAACACAAACAAUAUACAACUAAAUCGAAA